GCAACAGCACACGACGGAAACCGGUUGCGUUUACUUACAAUUGUCUCGCGACAAAUCUACAAAAUCCCAACACAAAAAUCGCGUUAUUUCUCAGAAUUAUUUCCGAUCUAGUGCUCUCCGAUGCUCGUUUACCCAAUACGGUGACAUUUGGCGCGUCAGUCUGCAGAACAGUCGACUUCGUCUAGUGCGAGAGAGUGGCGAUUUUUUUGUUUUUACAUUCCUCUUGAACCAUGGCCGACGCGGAUGCAAAGGAUCGUUACGAUCCUGAACUGAAAUAUUUGUGUGUGGACAGGAAUAAUUACAAUGAUCCUGCCACCCAAGCAGAAUGGACUCAAAAGAGGCUCGUGUGGGUACCCCACGAGACUCAGGGUUUUGUCGCCGCGAGCAUCAAAGGCGAAAAAGGCGACGAGGUCGAGGUGGAAAUUCAGGAAACCGGUAAAAGGGCAACGGUAGUCCGAGACGACAUCCAAAAAAUGAACCCGCCAAAGUUCGACAAGGUGGAGGAUAUGGCAGAACUGACGUGCCUCAAUGAGGCAUGUGUUCUGCACAACCUUAAGGACAGAUAUUAUUCAGGCCUGAUUUACACUUAUUCCGGACUGUUCUGCGUGGUCGUUAACCCCUACAAAAAGCUGCCCAUUUACACGGAAAAAAUCAUGGAAAGGUACAAAGGGAUCAAGAGGCACGAAGUACCGCCGCACGUGUUCGCCAUUACCGAUACUGCCUACCGGUCUAUGUUACAAGAGAGAGAAGACCAGUCCAUACUUUGUACCGGCGAAUCUGGUGCCGGAAAAACCGAGAACACCAAAAAAGUUAUUCAGUAUUUAGCCUAUGUGGCCGCUUCUAAAUCACCUAAGGGAUCAGGAGCGACCAUACAGAGCCCUACCAGAGAGUUCUCGGGCGGUCUCGAGCAGCAACUCCUGCAAGCCAAUCCGAUUCUCGAGGCGUUCGGUAACGCAAAAACCAUCAAAAACGACAACUCGUCGAGAUUCGGCAAGUUCAUUAGGAUUAACUUUGACGCUUCCGGCUACAUAGCGGGUGCCAACAUAGAAACUUACCUAUUAGAAAAGUCACGUGCCAUAAGACAAGCCAAGUUCGAGAGGACCUUCCACAUUUUUUAUCAGCUCCUGGCCGGCGCAUCUCCCGAACAAAAAAAGGAAUUCAUCCUCGAAGAGCCCGGUUCCUACAAUUUUUACCGCGACGACAAUCACUUGGUACCCGGCGUUGACGACGCCGCCGAAUUCCAAGCCACAGUCAAGAGCAUGAACAUCAUGGGUAUGACUCAGGAAGAUUUCAGUGCCAUUUUCAGGGUAGUUUCCGCGGUAAUGCUGUUCGGUAAGAUGCAAUUCAAGCAGGAUCGCAACUCCGACCAGGCGACGUUGCCCGAGAACACGGUCGCGCAGAAGAUCGCCCACCUCUUGGGUUUGUCCGUUACCGACAUGACCCGCGCCUUCUUAAAGCCCAGGAUCAAAGUCGGUCGCGAUUUUGUAACGAAAAGUCAGACGAAAGAGCAGGUCGAAUUUGCGGUGGAGGCGGUGUCCAAAGCUUGCUACGAACGCAUGUUCAAGUGGUUGGUGAACAGAAUUAACAGGUCGUUGGGUCGUACGAAACGCCAAGGCGCCAGCUUCAUCGGUAUUCUCGAUAUUGCCGGUUUCGAAAUUUUUGACUUGAACUCGUUUGAGCAGCUCUGCAUCAACUACACAAACGAAAAACUUCAACAACUGUUCAAUCACACCAUGUUCAUUCUCGAGCAGGAAGAAUAUCAAAGGGAAGGUAUCGAGUGGAAAUUUAUAGAUUUCGGUCUCGAUUUACAACCCACGAUUGAUUUAAUCGAUAAGCCCAUGGGUAUUAUGGCCCUUCUGGACGAAGAAUGUCUCUUCCCCAAAGCCACCGAUAAGACCUUUGUCGAAAAACUAAUCAAUGCACAUUCCAUGCAUGCAAAGUUUAGAAAGAGCGAUUUUAGAGGCGCCGCAGAUUUCUCUAUCAUCCAUUACGCCGGAAAAGUAGAUUAUUGCGCCACCCAGUGGCUCAUGAAGAACAUGGACCCCCAAAAUGAAAACGUCGUAUCCCUUCUGCAAGCUUCCACCGAUCCGUUCGUCGUCCACAUCUGGAAAGAUGCGGAAAACUUGGGCCGCGCGAAAGGAAUGUUCCGAACGGUUUCCUAUUUGUAUAAAGAGCAGUUGGCCAACUUGAUGGUAACACUGCGUAACACUAAUCCCAACUUCGUUCGUUGUAUUAUCCCUAAUCAUGAAAAACGCGCUGGAAAGAUCGACGCACCUUUGGUGUUGGAUCAGCUAAGGUGCAAUGGCGUCCUUGAAGGGAUCCGUAUUUGCAGACAAGGGUUUCCCAAUCGAAUUCCAUUCCAAGAAUUCAGGCAGCGGUAUGAACUUCUCACACCCAACGUAAUUAACAAAGGGUUCAUGGAUGGUAAAAAAGCUUGUGAAACGAUGAUCAAGAGCUUGGAACUAGACUCAAACUUGUAUCGCAUAGGCCAAUCUAAGAUAUUCUUUAGGGCCGGCGUUUUGGCUCAUCUAGAGGAAGAAAGGGAUUACAAAAUUACCGACCUGAUUGUCAAUUUCCAAGCCUUUUGCAGAGGAUUCCUGUCCAGACGAAACUACCAAAAACGAGUGCAACAGCUUAACGCGAUCCGCAUUAUCCAGAGAAAUUGUUCGGCGUAUCUCAAGUUGCGCAAUUGGCAGUGGUGGAGAUUGUACACGAAAGUGAAACCCCUUUUGGAGGUGACCAAACAAGAAGAGAAAUUGAUGCAAAAGGAAGAUGAACUCAAGCAAGUUAAAGACAAGCUUGAAGUACACAUAAAGGCGGUACAAGAAUUUGAGUCCAAAUACCAGAAAGCUCAAGACGAAAAGGCUGUACUUCAAGAACAGUUGCAGGCGGAAGUUGAAUUGUGCGCUGAGGCGGAAGAAAUGAGAGCCAGAUUGACUGCUAGAAAAUUGGAAUUGGAAGAAAUUUUACACGAUUUAGAAGCCAGGAUUGAGGAAGAGGAAGAACGAGUUUCCACUUUAUCCAACGAUAAGAAAAAACUACAGCUUACCAUUCAGGAUUUGGAGGAACAAUUGGAAGAGGAAGAGGCUGCCCGACAGAAACUCCAAUUAGAAAAAGUCCAAUGCGACGCGAAAAUCAAAAAGUUAGAAGAGGAUCUGGCCCUUUCAGACGACACGAAUCAGAAACUGCUCAAAGAAAAGAAACUGUUGGAAGAGAGAAGUAAUGACUUAAGUCAAGCUUUAGCCGAAGAAGAAGAAAAAGCCAAACACUUGUCAAAAUUAAAGACAAAGCACGAAUCAACCAUUGCCGAAUUAGAAGAACGUCUUUUGAAAGAUCACCAACAGAGACAGGAAUCAGAUCGAACUAAGCGUAAAGUGGAAACCGAAGUCAACGAUCUAAAAGAACAGCUUCAGGAGAAACGCACGCAAAUUGAAGAGCUGCAGUUACAGUUAGGCAAGAGGGAAGAAGAACUUGCGCAAGCUAUGGUAAAAGUGGACGAUGAGAGCGCCCAAAAAGCUCAAGCCCAGAAGGCGCUUAGAGAACUAGAAAGUCAACUAACCGAGCUACAGGAAGAUUUGGAAGCGGAAAAGGUAGCAAGAAGUAAAGCAGAGAAAAUGAAACGCGAUUUGAACGAAGAACUAGAAGCUCUGAAAAAUGAAUUAUUGGACUCGUUAGAUACAACAGCGGCUCAACAAGAGCUAAGAUCCAAGAGAGAGCAGGAGUUGGCCACUCUUAAGAAAAGUCUUGAAGAGGAGACAGCUUUGCAUGAAGCCUCACAAGCCGAUAUGCGCCAUAAGCAUUCCCAAGAGUUAGCCAGUCUUAACGAGCAGUUGGAAAAUAUUAAGAAGCAGAAAGCUGCCUUUGAAAAAGCCAAACAAACUUUAGAGGCAGAAAAUGCAGAUUUGACAACGGAAUUGAGGAGUGUGGGCGCCAGUAGGCAGGAAGGGGAAAGAAGGAGAAAACAAGCUGAGAGUCAACUCGCUGAAGUUCAGUCCAAAUUAGCUGAAGUCGAUCGAUCAAGGGUUGAGCUUCAAGAGAAAACAAUUAAACUUCAACAGGAAGUUGAAAAUGUUAUGCAACAACUUGAAGAAGCUGAAUUAAGGGCAUCAGCUGCUCAGAAGAGUCAGGCCACCAUUGAGUCUCAGUUCUCAGAGACCCAAGCAGCAUUGGAGGAAGAGACUAGACAAAAAUUGGCAUUAAGUUCAAAACUCCGACAGCUCGAGUCGGAUAAGGAAGCUCUGCAUGAACAAAUUGAGGAAGAAGAAGAAGCAAAGAAAAAUCUGGAAAAGCAAAUGGCCACUAUGGUUACCCAAUUGGCGGAAGCCAAAAAGAAAGCAGAAGAUGAAGCAGAACAGGCCGCCAUAUUGGAAGAAAGCAAAAAGAAAUUGGCCAAAGAUUUAGAAGCUCUACAAAGGCAGGUGGAUGAACUGACAGUUGCCAACGACAAACUAGAAAGAAGUAAAAAGAAGAUUGCCGCAGAGCUUGAAGAUGCCAAUAUUGAUUUGGAGACUCAGAGACAAAAGGUGUCUGAAUUAGAAAAGAAGCAGAAAAAUUUUGACAAAAUCUUAGCCGAAGAAAAAAGCAUUAGCGAAAAGCUAGCAUUGGAAAAAGAUGCCGUGGAAAAGGAAGCCAGGGAUAAGGAAACAUUGGUGCUUUCUCUUAAACGUGAACUGGAUGAUUCUAAUGUUAAAAUUGAUGAGUUAGAAAGAGUUAGAAGGCAACUUCAGGGAGAACUUGAUGAAUUAGUCAAUAACCAAGGCACGGCGGACAAAAAUGUUCACGAACUUGAAAAAGCCAAAAGAUCUCUUGAAUCCCAACUGGCAGAGCUUAAGACUCAGAAUGAGGAACUAGAGGAUGAAUUGCAACUUACUGAAGAUGCCAAACUUAGGUUGGAGGUGAACAUGCAAGCCCUGAGGGCUCAAUUUGAAAGAGACAUACAAGCUAAAGAGGAACAAGCUGAAGAGAAGCGCCGAGGCAUUGUUAAACAACUUAGGGACUUGGAGGCAGAACUAGAUGAAGAGCGAAAGCAAAGAGCUGCAGCAGUAAGUUCAAAAAAGAAACUUGAAGGGGACAUAAAGGAGUUGGAAAGUCAAAUUGAGUUACAGUAUAAGGUAAAGGAAGAUGCGUUGAAGCAACUAAAGAAAUCUCAGCAGCAAUGUAAAGAAGCGAUUAGGGACGCGGAAGAGGCUAGGGCUGCCAGAGAUGAGUUGGCUGCGAAUAGUAAAGAGGCCGAGAGAAAGGUCAAGACUUUGGAGGCAGAGGUUCUACAACUAACUGAAGAUUUAUCGAGUUCAGAGCGGGCGAGAAGGGCGGCAGAAGCUGAAAGGGAUGAACUAUUAGAAGAAAUUAAUUCUAGCAACAAUAAAGGUUCUCUACUUAUUGAUGAAAAACGCCGCUUAGAAGCAAGAAUAGCUACCCUAGAGGAAGAAAUUGAAGAGGAACAGAGUACAAACGAAAUGUUGCAAGACCGUGCCAGGAAAGCCCAGUUGAGCAUUGAGCAGCUCACCACAGAUUUAUCAAAUGAGAGGUCGGCUAAUCAGAAGAUUGAAUCAAACAGGCUAUUGCUCGAGAGGCAAAACAAAGAACUGAAGGCGAAAUUGACGGAACUGGAGACAGCUCAAAGGACCAAAACAAAGGCUACAAUUGCUGCUUUGGAGAGCAAGAUCAGUAAUCUCGAAGAGCAGUUAGAGGUUGAGGCCAAAGAAAGGUUGGCGCAGCAGAAGAUGGGUCGCAAGCUGGACAAAAAAAUAAAAGAAUUGGUCAUGCAAUUGGAAGACGAACGUCGCCACGCCGAUCAAUACAAAGAACAGGUAGAAAAGGGUAAUUCGAGGGUGAAGGCGCUCAAGAGGCAGUUAGACGAAGCUGAAGAGGAAGUGACCAGGGAGAAAGCGCAAAAGCGUAAAGCACAGAGGGAGUGCGAAGACAUGCUCGAAUCCCACGAGAGCAUGACGAGAGAAAUCAAUAAUUUAAAGAGCAAAUUGAGGCGAGGUGCGGGUUCUAUGGGUCUGUCGUCAUCCCGUUUGAGUUCAGCGAAGAGAGGUUCCAUUCAAACGAGCGGGAACGGUUCCGGAGACGAUUCCACAACUCAAGACGAGGCAAUGGAUGGCGACGACGCUCCGAAUUAGAAAUUAUCAGAAAAAAAUAUUCGCAAUCGGGUCGUUUUUCACUGAGCUAUUAAAGUCAUGUUUUUUUUUUUAUCAAAUUAACAAUCGUAUUAGGAUACAGAUGCGCUUUUGUACAUAAUGUUAGAUUGUCUAGUACUUAGCCAGUGUCUUACGGAAUAUUCAGUUAUUUAUUAAGUCUGAAUUUGCUUGUAAAAAAGUUAUUUAUUUCACAGAUUGAGCUUGAUUUGGGUUUUUUAAAAAACGACAAUUAUUUCGAAAUAACUAAUGCUUUUUUUUUGUAUUGCUGGUAUUUAACUUGCAUUGGAUUUGUAUAUGAUAUGGUAACUCUAUAUAUGCAAUUAAAACGGAACAUCGUCAACCUUAUAAAAGCUCAUUAAAGGAAAAAUACACUGAGAGUUUGGCUUACAAGAAUGUGCCUAUCUGCUCAAGAUGAUGUUGAUUUACCUAGCUCGGUGUAUUUUUAAAACUUAACUUUACCAGUACUAGGUCUAGAAUUUUGAAAAGCAUUUUAAAGUCAUUUUCAUUACCGUUAGACCAUCUUGAUCCAAACCUAAAUAAGCAAAUGCUGCUAACAAUAAUAAUAAUUAGAAUUUAAUGUUUUAAAUUAACAUUUUGAUACAUAUUUUGUAGAAUAUAUUUUUUGUAAAGACAUCUACACAGUUUAGGCUGUCACCGGUUUUGAUAUGAUGCAUGUUUUUGUACAAUAAAACGAAUAAAAUUUUUGCAUUUUGUAUAUAUUUAAACAAGAAACUAUAUAUUGUCUUAGAGUAUUGGGGUCAGGGCUGGCAUAAUUAUAUAAUUUAACGAGUUUAAUAAAUCUACUUAAGCCGAUUGCGAU